GGCGCCACACCUUGCUGAUGUAGAGUGGCUGCCCAACGGGAGGCGCGACCUCGGGCAUUCAAGCAGGCAGGGGCCACAGAGGGCCCGGGGCAAACAGAAGCGGCAAUGGUUGGUCCCGAAGGUGGCUGAGCCCCCAGCCGCUGGAAUAUGCAGCCCGGGGAGGCCCCAGGCAGCUGCGAGGACGCGGCGGCGGAGUGGGGCGGGAGGCAUGGUCUCCACCUACCGGGUGGCCGUGCUGGGGGCGCGAGGCGUGGGCAAGAGUGCCAUCGUGCGCCAGUUUCUGUACAACGAGUUCAGCGAGGUCUGCGUGCCCACCACCGCCCGCCGCCUCUACCUGCCUGCUGUCGUCAUGAACGGCCACGUGCACGACCUCCAGAUCCUCGACUUCCCGCCCAUCAGCGCCUUCCCUGUCAACACGCUGCAGGAGUGGGCAGAUGCCUGCUGCAGGGGCCUCCGGAGCGUUCACGCCUACAUACUGGUCUACGACAUCUGCUGCUUUGACAGCUUUGAGUACGUCAAGACCAUCCGCCAGCAGAUCCUGGAGACGAGGGUGAUCGGCACCUCGGAGACGCCCAUCAUCAUAGUGGGCAACAAGCGGGACCUGCAGCGUGGACGUGUGAUCCCGCGCUGGAACGUGUCGCACCUGGUGCGCAAGACGUGGAAGUGCGGCUACGUGGAGUGCUCGGCCAAGUACAACUGGCACAUCCUGCUGCUCUUCAGCGAGCUGCUCAAGAGCGUUGGCUGCGCCCGCUGCAAGCACGUGCACGCUGCCCUGCGCUUCCAGGGCGCGCUGCGCCGUAACCGCUGCGCCAUCAUGUGACGCCCCGCCCUCAGCGAAGGGGCAGGGGGGAUGUGAUCUCCCCCCCCCAUGGGACUGCGGGGCAGGAGCGGGAGAGGGCAGAUGAGAACUCUGAUGGUCCCUCUGUGCACGGCUGGCCUCGCAGCCGCGUACCUCCCUGUGAGAGGCAUAGAGUGAGAGGGAGCCCCCCACUGUCCUCUCCGCUCCCCCAUUUGUCUUCCUGGCAGUCAGUGCAUUACUCAGCCCUACCCCUAGGGGCGCCGCAACCCCUUGGGACCAGGGUGAGCAUGAGAAGCGGAGGGUGGGGGUUGGGAAGGUGCUGCCAGGCCAGGCCCCCACCGUCUCUCCAGAGUGUGUGUCUGCCUCUCCCAUGUCGUUCUCUCCCGUGUCUGUCUCUCUGCCUGUCUGCCCGCCCACCCCCACGUCUUGGCCCUUAGCUGUCUUGUCGACCCUCCAGUCCCCCUCUGCCUCCCCAGCUCCGCUCACAGGGCUCUUAUUUCGUCCAUCCCCCAGUCACGGAUCCUGGCAGCUUCAUUGGGAGGCCAGGCCAUCUGACCUUACCUUCAGCACCACCAGUACAGGACAGAGAGAUGCAGGUGGCCCCAGGACCACAAUCAACAAGGGGUCGGAGGGUUGAGGUCCCACAUCAGUCAGGGGGAGAAGGCUGAGCUCUCCCCCGCCCUGGGAGACCUCCCCACCCAGCAGCCCCCAGAGAUACAACAACCUACCUUCCAGCCUUAACUUGAUGGUCCGUCCCUGCUGGGUGCCCCCCACCUCCUCCCUGCCCCCAAAGCCAGAUCUUCCCCUGGGUUCACGCUUUAUUUUCCUGACAGUGUGGAAGGGUAGCCUCUGAAAAAACAGGCUGCUUCUCGUCGUCGGUGCCACGCUCUGGCCCUCCACCCCCUCCUGCUUUGGGUGGUGUGCCAGGGUGAGCUGUGUCAGUGAAGUUUCCGUCUCCUCAUCCCAUCCCAGCCCAACCUGACUGCCUCAAGUCUCGGGUGACCCUGGCCAUCUCCAGGGAAGCAGAGCCGGGGAAAGACUUAGGGAGGCCCUCCUCCCUGUGCUUUGGGGGAGCUAUGCCCCCCACCCCAUGGACUAGGGCCCUCAGGCCCCCACCCUUUCUGGGAUCUGACAGCCCCUCUUGUCCCAACCCCAGUUGGCCCUCUGCCCUGCCUCACUCGCCCCGUUCUCGCCGGCUGCCUGGCCGGGUUUCUACCUCUCGUCACCGGAGCUGAUCACUGUCAGUUUUGUACAGAUUUAGAAAUAAUCAUAACGAUGGCACCACUAGGAAGGGCCUGAGGGAGACGCAGUGCCCUGUCCCCUGCGCCCUGGCCACAGGAUGGCCUCAAGGCUGAGCCCUCAGCCCUGGUUUGGGGGGAGGACAGUAGAGUCCCUUGUUGGAGGGGCAAAUAGAACUGCUCAUGGCCCCGGGAACCAGGUAGCCCAGAGUGGUGAUGGAGCAGAA